AUGGUGUGGUUCCAAGGGGUCAGUCAUAUUUUAAAAAAAGAAAGUUUGUUAAAUUACCCAGUUUUUGAGUUACUUUAUCCCAUAGUAAAUAAUUGUACUAAACUGAAGAACCAAAAGAUAACGUAUGUUUCCCGUAACCUAAAUAAAACUACAACUCCAAUUUUCGCUUUAAAAGAUGCAAUUCGAGUGCGUAUUUUAAACACCAAAUUAUUUGUAUACAUUUUCAAAGCAAACACUUUGCAACGAUCUACUUCGACAGCCAUUCCAUACCUCGUUAUGGCGGCAAAAAGUGACUUGUUUCGUGUUUCCUUUUCUGUUAAAAAAACUCACUGGGCUGCACUGAUCAGGAAAGUUAUUUUUAUAUUAAUUAAUUGUUUCACAGAGAAUGAUUUUCCUUGGUAUUACAGAAUGCGAUUUAAUUGGUUAAGUGAUACCUUUAAAAAGUUCGGAAGGAAAAAUGGUAAUAAAAAUAAUGAUCCACAACUCUUUCAGUUUCUAAAAAAUGACUUAAGUAGAGAAGGUUUUCAAUCACAAUUCAUUGUCAAAGAAAGCGCAAAGAUUAAUCGCCAAAUCGCAUCAACCCCAAACAUCAGUAAGGAUUUCCGGAAAUGUAGCCGUAUCACCGGCACUCCACUUUUAGAAUUUACAAGAGGAAAUAACAUGAUUGUUCAUACAUUAAUUUUUCAAACAAACAACGUUAAAUGCUUCAUUGUCCACGUUCCACGUUCCUUAUUAUUGUCUUAUACCUCAUCUUUAGAUAAAAAAUAA